AUGGAUACGCCACAAUCACCUCAAGUUCGGGUCCCUGGCAAAACCCCCGAAAAAACCCAACCCGAACCCCAUGCGAUUGCGACUGCAAACCACAAUUCCACCGAGGUAGAUAUGGGAGGAACACAGGAGACAAGCCAACCUGAACCUGUAGCUGCGCAAGAAGAUUCAAUUCUUAUAUAUGUGCAGGUAGAGGAGCCACCCGCUCUAAAGAAGAACGUAGGCUUCAACUUCCUUGACUUCCUGACUUCACCCAUAGUUGAGAUUAUCGUUGGGAAAGGCGAGGAUGAGACUGUUAUGACAGCUCAUCAAUCCCUCCUGAUGGAGGCGCCACUACUAGCCGAAUUUGUUACAACCUUUGAAGCGUCAAGCCCGCGACGCAUCACCCUACCAGAAGAGGACGUCGAUGCCUUUGGUUGCUUCCUCCAGUUCCAAUAUACGCGUGAUUACACUGUCGUUCAAACGGAAACACCUGCGGAAACAGCCGAAGACAAGAGCGGCGAUGAGUUGCUGCGCCAUGCGCGCAUCUACACGCUGGCAGAGAAGCUGGGCCUGCCAACCCUGCAGCGCAUUGCCCAUGGCAAGAUUCACAAGGUCAAGAGCUCGCCUCACGCGGAGCUUUCAUAUGCCCGUUACGUAUACACCCAUACACCAAUAACAGACACUACCAUUCGGAAGCCUGUGGCGACUUACUGGGCGAACCAAAGCCACGUGCUGCGCCAGGAGGUCGGGGACGACUUUAGGAAGCUGUGCAUUGAAGUCCCAGAGUUUUCUUUUGAUGUUUUGACUAUCAUUCUGGAUCGCAAGCUGAAGAACGGAUCGGCGGAUGAGAUUAAGGAAGGUGCGCGCAAGCGUAGAAGAGACAUCUAG